AUGCUGGUGCGAUCUCGAUCAGGAGGUCGUUCCCAACAGAAUUCGGAUUUAGAAGAACGAAUUCUGAGCCACAUCGAAGAGGAUCCGACGAUGAGCACGCGACAAAUUGCGACUAUGGAAGGCGUGAGCCAUACAACCGUAUGGAGGACGUUGAAGGAUCAACAGAUGCACCCGUACCAUUACCAGCGGGUGCAACAAUUAGAAGAGGGUGACCCAGAGCGCCGAAGAAAUUUCUGUAGCUGGAUGCUGCAGAAAUUGCGCGAGAAUGAAAAUUUUAUAUCGCAAAUCCUCUUCACCGACGAAGCAGGAUUUGACAGGAGUGGCGUGUUCAAUCUGCACAAUGAACACGUCUGGGCAAUUGAAAAUCCACACGCAGUAGUGGAGAGGCAUUCUCAACGACAAUUUUCCUGCAACGUAUGGGCAGGAAUUGUCAAUGAGACUCUUAUUGGCCCUGUUAUUCUACCGAAUCGUCUAACAGGUCAAUAUUAUUUGGAUUUUCUGCAAAAUGAGUUACCGGAACUCUUAGCAGACGUACCACUGUCGACGCGACGAGACAUGUGGUACAUGCAUGACGGAGCACCGCCACAUUCAACGACUGCUGUAACUAAUCACCUGAAUUCCACUUUUGGGGAGAAGUGGAUUGGAAGAAGAGGACCUGUACCUUGGCCUGCGCGAUCUCCAGAUUUGAACCCCUUAGAUUUUUUCUUCUGGGGUCAUUUUAAGACGCUGGUGUAUUCCACACCAGUAAAUACGCUCGAAGACCUGGUGCUGCGCAUACAAUUUACAGCCGGUAUCAUAAAAAAUGUGACAGGUGACUUUAAAAAAGUGAACGACAAUUUUCGGAAGAGGAUUCAAUUGUGUUUAGAGCAGGACGGUGGACACUUUGAACACCUGCUCUAA